UAAAUAAAUAAAUAAAUAAAUAAGUAGGACCCACUUUGCUUUGGCUAUUUGGAUGAGAUAGAGACACGUCAAAGAAUAGCAGCCAUGGAAGCAAAAUAUUUUGGCUCCACAGAUUGCACUAUCUUCUCAACCUCCAUUUCUAUGUUUCUUUAUACACUUCCAUUUCUCACCUUACCCACCUCUCUCUAUCCUCCCUUUCUCCUUCAAUUUUCUCUCCCAAAAUUCACCUCCAAGAACAAAAUCCAUGGAAACAAUGGCGGAUACAACUUUCUCAAAACUAUCAGAUGACAUAAUCCUUCAAAUCUUCUUCCAACUCGAAGACGAUCCACCAAACUGGGCUCGAUUAUCAUGCGUUUGUACCAAAUUCUACUCCUUAAUCACAUCUAUUUGCUGCAAAUCAAAGUGUAUUACCUGUUUCCACACCAUGCCUGCUGAUCUCCUUUCCCUCUCUUCUUCUUCAGGUGGUUGGGCUUCUCUUUACAAAAUCGCUGUUUCGUGUCCGGGUCUACUUCACGCCGGUAUCCUCCUCGAUAACUCCGAUUUCGGCCUUCAACGGGAACUCGGACCCACCGAGGAUUAUCUCGGAUCCCAAACAGAAACCCUAACCCUAACCAAUGAGAUAACCCUAAAUCCAUCACCAACUCCAGCAUCAACAUCAACGGAACAAGUUGAAGAAAACAGUCAUGAAAUCGGUGGAUGGUCACUGUAUGAUGAUUUAUACUAUGACACCAUAUACGACAACUCUGAAACGGGUCUACCCAUGGAAAUUACAACCGAGUUAACGAAUCUAGACCCGAAAUAUGAACAGCACAACAACAAUAAGGGAAUCGGGAAUGAAACAAAGCGUCGGAAAGUUGUAGCAAGAAUGCAACGAUCGCAUUUAGCAUCAGGAGCGUGGAAUCUAAGCAGAGAACAAGGUAAUAAACUCUUAGGAAGUAGAUUUAGAGAUGAUUGUUUAUACAUAAGUGAAUGGCCUGGUUGUGUUCAUCUAGAUGAGAAGAGGAGUUACGGAUUAUUUAGAGGAAUUUUCAAGAAUUUCAAGACAAGUAGGGUUUGGAGAACAAUAAACGAUGGGAAUCGGUGUAAAAUAGAAUUAAACUGUGCGUUUUGUAGCUGUAAAGAGACAUGGGAUUUGCAUUCAGCAUUUUGUUUGAAGAGAGGAUUUGGUUUUCAUGAUGAUGGAGAACCUGUUGUUAGAGCUUAUGUUUGUGAAAAUGGUCAUGUUUCUGGGGCUUGGACUUGGACUGAUUUGUCUUUGUAUACUUGAUUCUUUUUCUAUUUUUUAAAAUAAUUUUAAAAUUUUCGUACACUUUAAUAACAUUAAAUUUUUAUAAAUUUUAAAUCAGUAUAGUUUAAUAUAUAAAUAAUUAAAAUAAAAUAUCUGUUUUCGUAAAAAAAUGAAGUAAGAAAAUAUUUAACUAAGUAAUGUAUUCUCUCUUAUGUUUCAUUUUGUUUGUCAUUAAUAUGCAAUAUUUAUAUAAGAAUAAAGAAUUUUGAACGUUGUUUUCAAGAGUAGUUAGAAUAUUUUUUAUAUAUAUAAUUGAAAUUUGACUUAUGCUUUUGAAAAAUAUGCAACAAUUAAAUGUUACCAACAAGACGAAUGGAUUAUAUAUUUUAUUUGUUGUUUUAAAAUAAUUUAUAUAUGACUGAUACUAUUUAUUAUUUAAAGUGUUUAUACUACCUCUGUUCCAAUUUAGUUGCAAUAUUGAAAAUAUAUAUCUCUGAAUUUGUGAUUAAUUUUUAAUCUAUAAGUUAAAAUAUAGUCAAAUUGGAUCUUGAUUCGUCUCGGUGUAAUAAUUAUUAAUAUUAAAUUUUUAUAAUUUUUUAUUAUACAUAAUUAGAGAUAUUAAGGAUGAAAUAAGUGCAUUGGACCGCGUGAAAAAUCCUUAUGUUGCAAUUAAAACGGAACGGAGGAAGUAUAUUGUGGCUAAUAGGUAAGAAAAUGUAUUUAAUAUAUUACAAUUUAUAUGUAUAUUAUACUAAAAUUUUGUUUGAAUCGUUUAAUCGUAUAUUAUCAUAUUAUUAACUUUUAAAAAUUUUUAGUUUUGUGUAAUUUAAGUAGAAUUCAAAUUAUAAAAUAGCAAAUAUAAUGAAACAGUAGUUUAUCUUCUAUGAGUAUUUUAUUUUUUUAUAAUAAUCCCAACUCGUUGGAUACUUUUAUCACAUGAAUAAUGAAUUAUAGUGUCAAACAACUGUUUUACGAUGUCAAAUAACUAUCUUUGUGAUAUAAUCUUAAAAUAAAAGAUUUAUAUUCUCAUAAUAAACCUUUAAAACUAAACAAAUAGGCAAAAAAAAUUUGUAUCUAAAGGAACAUUUAAAAUUAACUUAAUAAUAUCACUCUAAAAAAACUAAUUUAAGAAUAUACGUGAAUUGGAAGAAUGAUAAAAUUUAACAUAUUUUUGGACAAGAUUCUCUUCUGUUGGUAUCAAACAUAAAAUAUCAAUACGGCCGGAUGGGCACUUGAUCAUAUUAGUCUUUACCAGACGACAGCGUUUCGGGAUCCUCACAAGUGCCGUAAAACCAGCGAGGCAUACAAUUGCGUCGCCCACAACAAUAUUUGAACAAUGAGCAAUCUUCUCCUUGCUUUUUGCAUGUUGGGUGCCCUCCUAUCAAAUUUUUAAUUUCAUUCUUUAACAAUUUGUAUAUUCAUUAGCAUUAUUUAAUAGGUUGUCACAAUCAUAUGAUAUAAUCUCACCGUCGUCUAUUCGUGUUGGCAUAGAAUAUUUAUGGGCUCGGGCUCACAAAUUUAUGGGUUAAGAGCGUUGACUUGUACAUGUACUGGGUGAGAUUCAUUGUUUCCCAAAACUAUAUGGUAGUAGGAGGAUGAGCUUACCCAAUAUAUAUGCAAGUCUACAAACUAUUUUUUUAUCGAUGUGGAAUCUUAUCUCACAUG